GAUCAAGUAAAAAAGUUCCUAAAACUUCGUUGUUAUCACAUACCCAAAGUGCGAAAUUAUUGCUCAUGAAAUAAACAGUCUGUGCAUGGUUAUUGUUAUUACAGAAGUAACUUUUCAAGAAAAUUGAUUUGGAAGACUAAGUUAAUAUACUUAUAAAACAAUUUUGUGAAAUAAUAGAUAGUUCAAUCGUUGAAGAUUAAUUGAUGAGAUGCGAUAACGAAGACAUUCAGCUACCGCUGCAGCCACUACACACUGUCCUCCAACAAGUGUUAUCAUUAUCAGCCAACGCCGUAAUAUGUUAGUUCGCUAAAAUUAAAGGAGAUUGUCGCAUUCCAUAGUGCAUCACUUUAACAGACAAUGAAGGAAACGCAACGGUCCGGGGUUUCGUUUGUUUCCAACAAUAAAAUCGGUCAUGCAAAAACUUGAAGUUGUUCAAUACUACGGCACGCGUUGAUAGUGUUUUCGCGACAGUGUUUUGUUGUUUAAAAGGUCAAUUAUUUACGAACUAGUGUACGUAGUGCAAGGGUUGUUAAAUCGAGGAAGUUCGAAACAAUAUUUUUGUACUUAAUUCAAAUAAGUGUCUCAUAUAUCAGAUUUGUCUUCAUUUCGCAAAUGGCACUGAUUAAAUUGUGGAACAUUAACACGUCGUGUUUUGUGCUAAAAUAUCCAUCCAAUAAGUUUUAAAAUGAGUGAUGAGCAACCAAAUUACAUGCUGGCAAUGGAAAUGUCUGAUGAUAUAGCUCCAAUACCGAUUGAUUCUGAUCUAUGGUCUCAUAUCAACGAAAUUGGAUUCAAUGGCACUGAUUUUGCUGACUUCGGUUACUCAAAUAUGACCGAUCCCGUUAACAUGGAAGCUCUAGAUAUGCAGUGUAAAGCAAUAUACAACAACGAGACAAACACAAAUACAAAAGUCUGGGAUACAUUCUGUCCGGCAUCCUCAGAUAGCGUUUUAUGUUGGCCCCCCACACCCGUCAACGGUUCGGCUGUCCAAAAAUGUUUUUCCGUUUUGAUGGGCUUCAGAUACGAUGACACACAAAACGCAACUAGACAAUGUCUCUGGAACGGGACAUGGUCCAAAACAGAUUAUUCAUCUUGUACAGAAAUCGCCGAAAGUCCCACCCUUCACCAUGGAGUUAUAACCACAACAACAAUUUAUUAUGUCGGUUACUCCCUCAGCUUGGUAGCAUUAUCUAUUGCUAUCGGGAUAUUUUUAUGUUUCAAGGACCUCCGUUGUUUAAGAAACACAAUACAUACGAACCUGAUGGUUGCUUACAUUCUUAUGUAUUUUAUGUGGAUUUUGACCCUAAUAUUGGAGCGAACCAGUUCUGGCACUGGCUUGUCCUUCGAUUCCUUCGAAACGAACAUGGUUUCGUGUAUAUUCCUGGUGAUCCUUUUACAUUAUUUUCACGUUACAACAUUUUUCUGGAUGUUCGUCGAAGGGCUAUAUUUAUAUAUACUCGUAGUAGAGACACUCACGCGGGAAAAUUUCAAAUUAAGAAUCUACGUCUGCAUCGGAUGGGGAAUUCCAUUAAUUUUUGUGAUAAUCUGGGCCAUUGCUAAAAGUUUCAUAGAAAUGGAUACUUCGCACUCCGAUCCAGUAUGGCAUUACUGCCCGUGGAUGAAGCCUCAUUCAAUAGACUGGAUAUACCAAGCGCCCAUAGCUAUCGUGUUAUUAGCAAAUUUAGUAUUUUUAGUAGCUAUAAUGUGGGUACUGAUAACGAAAUUACGUUCGGCGAACACGUUAGAAACCCAACAGUAUCGCAAAGCAACUAAGGCGCUUCUAGUCCUUAAACCCUUAUUAGGGAUAACCUACGUCCUGACAAUUACCGGCCCUACAAAAGUUGGCAUUGUCAAAUACAUUUUUGAUUACGCAAGAUCGGUUUUUCUAUCCACGCAGGGUUUUAUGGUAGCCCUAUUUUACUGCUUUUUGAACACAGAAGUUCAGAACACAUUGCGACACCAUUUCGACAAUUGGAGAGAAUCAAAGACGAUAGGGGGUGCGAAUCGUCUCAGAUCUGGUAGUAGAAAUAAAGACUGGUCUCCCAGGUCAAGAACUGAAAGCAUCAGAUUGUAUAGUCAGCCCUUGAUUUCGUACCAUAAACGCGAAUCAUGCAUUUCCGACAUAACUACAACAACCCUCGAAGUAACAAACGGAGGUGGCAGGACUUCUAAUGGAGGCCCGCAUAUCAAAAGCCUUUUCCUUCAGCCUCAUAAAAGGAGCAACGGUACAAAUGUUUAAUUGUCACACAUGUAUGUCAUUAUCAUUAUAAAACAGCCUUUGGUGUACCCAUUAAGGAUUGAAAUUGUAAAUUAUCGCCGAUGUUUAUUAAUAUGAUAAUAAACAGUAUGUAUUUUUUA